AUGCUCACAUUCACCACCAAGAAGGUACCGAGGAAAAUCAAAUGCCUAGGUGCCAUCCUGAACUAUUACUUGCACAAGAAAAAGUACGACGUAUGCUAUAAGUGCGGAGACCUGCGACACCGAUCCGACGUAUGCGAGAGCAAGGAGAAGUGCAGGGGCUGCGGCAUCCCCAACCCAACCGAGGGACACGACUGCAACCCCACCUGCAAGCUGUGCGGCCAGCCGCACCCCACCGGCGACAGAACCUGCAAGGAGAUCUUCAGAACCCCAUACAUCGUUAAGAAACGACGAUUGGAAAUGCUCCAGCAACAGGAGGAGGAGGAGAAGAAACUACCAGAACAUCGCAGCAGGCGGGACGAAAGCAAGACGCGGGCCACGAGCAAGGAGCGACUCCGGUCCACAUCCUUCCCGAGGCUACCUCAGCAGGCCACCACCACCCCGCCCAAGAAGCAAGGGGCACCACCCGCCAGAAAGGUAGGCUGGGAUGCGGGGAAUUCCCAUGACUCAGACAUAGUAAGGGAGCUCAAAAAGGAAAUGAAACAAUACGAAAUUACGAAACAGCAACAGGAGCAAUGGAAGCUUUACGAGGAGCAAACACAAGCUCAGAUGCAGGAGCUCCAUAAUCACGUCAUCGAGCUACAAAGGGAGAACAAUGAGCUCAAAACUCAACUCAGACAACCGGAAGCGCAUCAGGAGGCCAUGGACGAUAAGUCGUCCGAAACCGAGCCAGAGGCGGCUGCACCGCCAAAGAAAAAGCGAGUUAAAAAGAGCGAUUCGGGCCUUGAGAAGGCCGAUGGCAGGGUAGACAAACUUGAGGUAGACAUGUAG